CUGAUGAUGUGGAAUCGAGUACUCCUUUCAUGGUUUGUCCUCCCCGUGGUUGCGCAGACUGAGAACAGUCGCGAUGUGCUCUGCGUCUACCCUCUAUCCGGAGUAUAUGCUCCUCUCCAGCGGAUCCUCUUCUAUCUCUUAUUGUCAUUUGGAGUCAUCGGUCGCCGCCAGAGAUGGCUCGUAGCUGGAGCCCUGGCAAGUGCUAUGACCUACUGCGGCGCCGCAGCAAUACACUCGGUCUUACUCCUUGCCAACGCCCGGUCUCCAGUCGUUGAUCUCGAUGUAUACGGUGUCUUUGCUGCAACAUCCACCGGGAUCAUGCUCACAACACCUCUACUUGCCUGGUCAACGACACUACAGGCUGUCGAAAGAGAAGUCCGGAUGCUCAUCACCCUCUGGACCCUCCUCAUCCUCGUCGGCGCCAUCCUCGCGAUCGCCACGAUCUAUAUCAGGGGAGAAACCAAGGGCGCUCCCUGCUACGACUCAUUAUCUACAGUGGACAUCCCAUCCACAGUAUCAACACUACGCAAUGUCACCGCCAGCUGCACAUAUGUCUGCUUCCCAGAGGAAUCCCCUCUAGGCCGCUCACCAGACGACGUUCUCGCCUGGGAGAAUACUCUGUCGCGCCCGUUCGAUAUCAUCUCUGUCUUCCUCCCAACCAUUGCAGCCUCCGUCCCAGCUGCUUUCAUUGCGUGGACUCAGUAUGUCUUCCGCAGCGGAUAUUCCUAUCUCAUCCGGCCGCCGCCAUUCUUCAGCCGUCUCGAACUAGGCUGGCUCGGGGAGUUAUUAUUCGAGAAGCGCCGCGAUAGCAACCUCAAUCACAAUUCGUCCUCGGCUAGAAUCCCAUCUGAACCAUCCCCAGGUCAAAGUCCAGUCCGGUUCCCCUGGCUGGCAGUGGCAUACCAGUACUACUUCGUGCUCGGCUCGUUUGGCGUCUUUGUCGUGAAUCUGGUGAUGAAUGAGGUGCGGUUUCGCGAGCUCCCCGUGAACGAGAUGAUGUAUGAGGUUGACCAGUGGACUUCUUGGGUGGGUGUUGCAUUGAUUCUGCUGGCGCAGGUGCUCAGUCGGUUUUUUAAGCGUUCAAAAAGGCAUACUUCACAGACUGUGGGAGAUUGUGAGGAGCUUCCAUGGGAUCAAGAACGGGGUGAAGAUGCGUAUAGGAAGAUGGGGAUACGGACAGACACAUUUCGCAGUGAAGUCUCGACAUUUCGACGGAGAAAUAGCUUAUAGCCCA